AGCUUUCGUGACAGUUCCGUAAAAAGACGGGAAACUAAAAAUGUCUGAAAAUGGGCGAUAUGGUCGGUUGGCUGAAUCGGACAAUGCAACAGAAUCUGAAAGAGAACCAAUGUUGAAUGGGAGUUCAACUCCAGAGGUUACAGUUGUAUCAUCACCUCCACCAUCUUAUACUUCAACUGAAAAUGAAGAUGACAUAAUACCAGAAAUGCCCCCCGCUUAUGAAGUGGCUUCCAAAUUGCCAUCCUAUGAAGAAGCUGAAAUGAGCAAGCCAUCAAAUUCAAGGCUUGAGACAGGAGAUUUGCAUAAUCAAGAGGACUACAGAGUGAAACUUGGAACGGAUAGUCUUUUUGCUCUGUGUUUUUUUGUUUCAUUUAUUUUCAAUUGGAUUGGUUUCAUUUUUGCCUAUUGUGUGACGGACACAAUUGCCGGUCGAUAUGGUGCUCUCUCAGGAUUUGGACUUUCUUUGAUAAAAUGGGUGUUCAUUUUGAAGCACAGUAAAUGUUGCAAAGAUCUGUCUUUCGAGGAUGCCUGGCUGUGGUGGCUUUUUGCUCUUCUAGGUUGGUUGGUCUUUAUUCGUGGUAUUCUUGUGUACGCCCAAGUGAAGAAGACCGUACGAGCAGGUCAGGCGAUCUACAUUCCGCGCUACUGGGGCCUUAUGCGAAACGAAUGAACAGCGAGAUGCUCAUCAAUUUCUACUUAUUUUAAUUACCGUUUGCAUGUAUAGGUACAUCCAAGUAUAUGUUAGGAUAGCAACUGAGUUAUGAUAGAUGGGGUGUUGUUGGUCGUAGGAAGCAUAGCCACUCAAAUUUUACUGUAUGACAUGUUUUAUUUACAAAUCCUUUUGUGAAUGAUUUGAUUAUGACGCAAAGAAUGUUAAAAAUAAUUAGCAAUACAAAAUAAUUACAUAUGACUUGAUUUGAUCGUCCAUAUAGUAUUCAAGUAUAAAAUCAAACAAUGUCAACAUUUUAACACGUAAUAUGGUCCAUUUUCAAACCAACAGCAAUGCUAAGGACAUAUUCAUGUUAGGUAAGACACGACUUUAAAAUAUUUGCUAUAUUUUCCCUGCCCUAAACCACAUAUAGUUUAAUCCCUGAACUGCUUGUAUGCAUAAAUCGUGUGUUAGAAAAGAAUAAUUAUAUAUGUAGUCUUUUUGA